AAAUAUUUAUAUAAUAAGAAUAACAAUUUGUAAUAGUAUUUUAAAUAAUAAUAACACCAAUUUGUUUUAUAGCCUAUAAUAAUAUAAUAAAAUAAAAUAACAAUACAAUAAAAUAAAAUAAUAAUAAAAAAAUGAUUAAAAAAUCGUCAUUGUUUUUAUUAAUAUUGUCAACAUUAUUUGUUCUUUUUGUAUCAAGUCAAGUUGCAUUUGCAAAAGAUCUUAGUGCAUUCAAAGACGAUUACUACAAUUACCCAGACGAAUAUGAUAAUGCAGAAUAUGACGAGUUGACAGAUGACUACUACUACUAUUCUGAUCCAUAUACCUAUAAAGAAAUUAAUGUACCAGAUGCCCGUCCAAACACCAAAAAACCAACCAAGAAACCAGUCACCAAAAAACCAACACCAAAACCACAUCGUCAACCCAAUCCAAAGGGAUAUAAGGAUGAACUUUCGCCAAUUUCACCAGCAAGAGAAACAUUUAAAGGAAACUCAACAUUAAAGAAAGAGAUUAAUAUUGUUCCAAAGAGUGUAAAUGUAGAUAUUGACGCUAAAGAACCAAAAUUAUCAAUUGAUGGUAAAACCUAUUCACCUGGCAAUACCAAUAUUGACCUUAGUUUGAAAGACCCAAAGCUUUCUAUUGAAACUAAAGCUACACCAACACCAUCGCCACCAAAGAAAACAGAGGCACCAACAUUAGCAGCCACAUCGCCAGCUGUCACACAUCACCCAAGUAGUACUUUUAGACCAGUAGAUGUACAAGAUGAUGAUGAUGAUGAUGACGAAGAUGAAAAACCAAAGAAAAAAGAACCACAUAGAGGUAAUGAUCAUAAAAGAGGUGAUGAUGACGAUGAUGAUGAAGAUGAUGAAGAUGACGAACCAAAUCCACCAAAGAAUAAACCUAAGCAAUCUAAGGAUAGUGACGAAGAGUCUGAAGAGUCUGAAGAGUCUGAAGAAGCCGAUGAAAAACCACCAAAGAAACACAAGGGAGAUGAUGACAAUGACGAUAGUGAAAAACCAAAAGGAAAUGUUGCUGAUAUGAUUGAUUCAACCAUUGAAGAAGAUUCAAACCAUAAGAAUAAAACUAAUCUAGAAGAAGACGAAUCAAAUUCAAGUGCUUCAACUGUUACAUCUCUUGGUAUUUUCUUUACAUCUUCUUUUAUUUUAUUAAUUUCAUUAUUUUAAAUAAUAAUUUAAAUGAAAUUAAAAAAACUUUUAAAUAAAAUAUUUAAAUAAAGU